AUUCUUUGCAUCAUUAUCUACACACAGUACUCAAGUCUAGAGAUGCCAAGCAACACCGAUGAUCGACCUACGUCUAUCAACCCUUCUGGGUCAUGGCUCGAUCUGAGCGAUGGGGAAGAUGCCUCCAGAAGUAAAAAGAGAUUUAGUUUCUGGCACAAGAAGCAAUCAAGAUCAAAACACAAACUGAAGAUACCAACGACAGAUAAAGUAAAGCAUGAUCCACUUCGCUUCCUCAAGCCCACACUCAAGAUAGGGCUAUUCCACUAAAGCACUGAUAUCACGCCUUAAACAGCCAAGGUAUACGACGCUGCACAGGUGUAAUUCUACAACCGAGCGUUUCUUUGUAACUAUAAUAAAAACGAAAUACC